AUGCCAUUAUCUGGCAUUAUUCUCAUAAUUGGAAUAUUACUAGGUAUCACUACACUCGUUGGUAUCCUUGGAAACAUUUCCGUGUGUCUCGUGGUGUUUUGGAAUCGCUCCAUGCGGAACCAAUUACAUCUCUUGUUAGUCAAUUUAGCGAUAGCUGAUGUUGGAAUGUCGGCGUCUUGCAUGCCCUUCGCCGUGGCAACUGUUCUCUUCCAUGAACAGGUCAGUGUGUGUUGCAUCUCGCAUGCUUGGUUGAAGAAGUCUUUGAGCCUAGUCACAUGUAUCGGAUGGCCAUGGUUGUUUUUCUCUCUUUCUAAUCUGUAAUGUUAAAUAAAUAGUUUUCCUAUUUUAUCUGCUUGAAAUGAAAUAAUAUCAUGGCUUGGAUGACACUGAAUUAAUUUCUCCAUUUCCAAUUUAAUUCACGGGUAUAGUUAGCGAUUCGGUUGAAAAUUCAGCGAAUACUUUGCGAAGGUUUUUAUAUUUCUAUGUAAAACGACAGAAAAUAAGAUGAUAAAACAUACAUAGAAACCAACACCUCAUUGAAGCUAACAAACAAACUAAUUUUUCCCUGUAGACUGAUAUUGAAAUUCUAACAAUUUUUUAGUGACAGCUGCUCGUAAGUGAUUUAUCAAAUCUAAGCUCGUUCGAGACUGAACUUUGAUUCCCGAAGAAAAUAAAAAUUUAUUUCUUGGAGCAACAGUUAGAGACUGGUGACAAACGCAAUCGCAUAUUGGUUGGUUUGGCAACCAAAGUUGAAGUUCCUUGGCGCUUUAAGUCUUAAAUUCUAACUUUUCUCCACAACUUUAAUAUAUCAUUCACUAAACAGGUAAUGAAAAUAGACUGGUGUAUCGGGGGAAGGACUUUACCUUGAUCUAACGCCAAACUCUUCUCUCUUAUUUACAAGGAAUUGCAUAGAAGUUUAAAAUCAGAUGAUUGGAAUUUAAGGGUUGGCUUAUUAACGUAAACUUGUGGCCUACGGCACAUAACUUUCUAUCUUCUUUCUAUCUCUCCAUAGACCAUAGAUAAAUCAUUUUGUUACUUCAACGGUUUCAUCAACACGCUUUUCGCGAUGGCCAGUGUGCUUACAAUAUGUUCGCUGUGUGUUUUCCAGUACGUGUCUGUUGUUUUGCCAAUGAACAAAUCUCUCACCAACUUCCGCUGCCUCGUCAUGGUGUUAUGCAUAUGGGUUAUUUCUAUAUUCCUCGCCACGGGACCCGCGAUACAAUGGGGGCGCUACGAAUUCACUUCAAACAUUUUCAACUGCGAAUAUUAUCACUCUACAAACAGAGCAGAUAUUUCCUACAAUAUUACCAUGAUGCUUUGCGGUUAUUUAUUUCCUGGUGUUUUCAUGAUUUUUUCUUACGUCAGUAUUUUACGAGCGUUGCAUGAACACCAAUCGCGCAUGGCAGUGACGUCAUCCAUCUCGCCAGCACCGGUCGCAGGUGCUCCCGUUUCUUUGGAAACGAAACUGCGUAUGACAAUGUCAUUUGUGGUUCUGACAUUUCUGGUUUGUCGUACUCCGUUUUUCGUCUUCUUGGUCAUCACAACCAAAGAUUUAGAUCAUCCACCCGAUUUUUUGGGGCAGUUGUCGUUUUGGGCUAUUUACUUGCAUAGCGCAUGCGAUCCUUUUAUUUACGCAUUCAAACACCCUGAAUAUCAAGAUACAUUGAAAGAUAUAGCAAGAAAGUUCAAAAUAGCAAUUACAAGUACCUUUUGCUGUUGCAUGUCCAAAGAUACUAAUGAAGAAGAAACAAAAGAAAAAAGAUAA